ACACAAUCACCAGACAGCAGAUCGUCGAAGCGCAGGGCAGAUGCUGAAGAAGUCGACAUCCAUGACGCGUCUGAAGAGGAAGAAGACCAAGGACGCAUCGAAAGUCAGCAGAUGCUGUUGGUGGCUGGUCGUCUCAAGCACAAAGAUGAUGGUUGGAUCGACCAGAUGCACGCCGAAGUGACCAAGGACGAGGAGGCUUUCAACCAAUUACUUGAUGACAAGGAGCGCGAGCUCCGUCACAAUCUGGCUNAUCUCGACUCGCAGUUCCACAACGACAUUCGCACCUUGCUGAUCGACAUCCUCGGCGGACCUCCUCCCAAGCAGAAGAAGGGUGCCCCUACCCAAGACACUUUCUACCUCAGACCCGCACACGAGCACGCCCAACUCAUGUUCACCAAAGCUGAAGACCUGCUCAAGGAAUACAGCAAAGUUGUCGAAUGGUUUGACACGGGCAGAGAGCAAUUGUCCACCGAUCAUCUCGACACUUUUGAGAAAGACAAGAACGAUGUAGCCGAGAUGCUGCAUGCUGGUCAGGAACUUGCUCGUCGUCAGAUUCAACAAGUCUUGAAGCGACCUGACGACCAAGAACCUGCUCGCAACAAGACCAAACCUCUUUUCACCGAUCAGAAGCUCGACGACGUGGCUGCCAUGUUCAAGGUCCUGCGCGACGAGUUCAAGGAAGGGGAUGAGAAUGUGGAAACUGAGCAGGAGGCCAGAGCCGCCAUAUCUGGAGGUGAUGGCCUCUUCCCAACCAUCCACAACACCAAGAAGGGUGUCAAGAAGCUGGCUGGUCAUCUGCUCGCCGAAGAAGAA